AUGUCCGAUGGAAACAAAUUUGACGUAACUGCAUACGCACAUCAACGUCAGCAAAAUCGAUUACCAUUAGAAGAAAUGGGCAAUGUAUUGCUUGACGCGAUGCAAGGUACUCUGAUUUGUCUUGAUAAUCAUAAUAUUAUUAUUGAUGUAUCAAAAACAAUAAAAAAUUAUUUUGGUUUUGAACAAGCUGAAAUUGUUGGUCUUUCAAUAUUAUUAUUAAUUGAAGAUAGUGAACGUGAUUUAUUUUCAAAAUUUCUUUCUAGUUCAUCACAAUUGUAUGAUAUUUGUUGUGUUCGAAUGAUAAUGGCUGUUACAAAUGAAUAUCGACAAGUAAAAGUACAUCGAAAGAAAAAAUUUAGUCACGACAAUGUUGAUGUACAUUCAACAACAAAUCGAUAUAGUAGUUCAAUAGGAACAAUACUUGUUUUAACAUUAGAUGAUUCAUCUUAUAUUGAUAUAACACUUUUUGAUGUAUAUAAAGAAGAAUUUUAUACAAAAAUGAAUUUAAUAGGCGAAAUUAUAUUCGAAGAUCACAGAGGUGCCGUAAUAACUGGUUAUUUACCACAUGAAAUAGUAUCUCAAUCAAUAUUUAACUUUGUUUAUCAUGAUGAUCGUCUAGUUAAAUUACAUGCAUUAUGGAAAUGUGUAACAACCGGUGCAAGUAAAUUACAAUGGCGUUUAAAUGCACGUGAUGGUUCAUUAGUUUUUCUUUAUACUGAAUAUAAAUUAAUAGCUAAUCAUCAAAAUCAAGAUACAAUCGUUGCUCGUAAUGAAGUUCUUGAUCCAAUACAACAAUCACAAUUUGAUGAAUUACAAGCAGCUUGGAGACAUCAAUGUGCAGCAGAUAUUAAAGGAAAUAGUUCAUCAUUUAAAUUAAUUUCAUCAUCAGAUAUAGAUUCUUCUUCUUCUUCUUCUUCUUCUGCUUCGAUUUCAACUGGUGAUUGUCGUAUAUAUGUACCAUCAUUAAAUAUGUGUUUUUCAACGAAUAAAUUACAAUCAUUAAAAAUCGUAGGAAAUAUAUUUGAUGUAUCGAAAUUAGCACGUCCAUUAACUAUUCAAGAUUAUAUAUCAAUAUUAAUUAAUAAUGAUAAAUAUCUUGAUAAUGAAUUAGUAAAUAUAAUUAAUAAUUUACCAUCAUUAGUAUUACGUUAUAAACGUUUAAAUAAUAAUGAUAAUCAAACAAUGAAUGAUGCAGAUAUUUCAGAUAUAACAAUGGAUGAAAAAUUACCAUCGGAUUUUUCAUCAUCAUCAUUAACUAAUUCAUCUUUAGCUAAAAAAGAUAAUUCAGAUUCAAUUGUACGUGGUAUACUUAAUAAUUCAAUGAAAUAUAAUCAUGAAAAACAACCCGUUGAUUCAUCAUCAUCAACAUUAGUUCGAAUAUUAAAUGGUAAUACGGUACAAAAUGAUAAUACAAAAAUACCGAUAUCUCAACAAUCAUCUCAAAUAAAUUCAUCAAAGUCAAAUCAAAUACCAUUAAAUUCUGAAACAAUUCAACAACAACAUAUUGAUUUUAUUAAAAAAUAUACAUCAGCAAAAGAAAAAUUAGAAGCUCAAUUAGAUAUAGCACGAAAACAAGAAAUAGCUAAUGGUGGACAAGCAAGUGAUGUUAUGAAACGAAAUACUAUACUUAAUAAAUUAUCUCAAUUAGAAAAUAUUAAAAAUAAACAUUUAGCACGUACACUUGAAUUAAGACGACAAACUCAACAAAUGGCAACAUCUGUAAUUGGUAAUAAUAUUGAACAAAAAGAUUUACUUAAUGGUUUAUUUAAUUCAUCAUCUCCAAAAUCAAUUGGAUAUAUACCAAUGGAUACUAAUAGUCCAACAAAUAUUUCAUCAUUAUAUAAUUCACCAUCACCAACAUUUUAUCCAUCAAGUUAUCAACAUCAACAAAAUUCAUCUCCAGUAUAUCGAGCAUCACCAUUACAAUUUGAUUCAGGACAAAAUUCAACAUCAUUUCAUGAUUUACAUACAAGAGUUAAAACUCCUGUAUAUGAUGAAUUUUUAAUGUCUUCAUCAUCAUCAUCACCUUCAUCAUAUAUACCAGUGAAUAAUCCGUCAUUAUCUGUACAUUCAUAUAUGAAUGUUUCAUUUCAAGGCGCAACAAAUAAUUCGACACCGAUGAAAUCUUCUUCUUUCAAUAAUCAUCAUCAUCAUCAUCAUCAUCAUCAUCAUCACAAUACUACUUAUCCUUAUUGA